GGUCCCUGGGUGUCGCCGGCUCCCGCCCCCUACGGGCUGGGGUCCUCCUCCGGCACCGCCCGGCUCCUCCUCCGGGCCAGGAGUUCUCAGCGAGCCGUGCGCCACGCAGGUGCGAGUGCAGGGAUCGGGACCGGAAUCGGGAUCAGGAUCCGGAUCGGGAUCGGGAUCGGGAUCGGGCGGAUCAGGCAGCCCCAGCUCAGAUUUACUAAAAUCCAGUGCACGUCUCUGAAGAAAAAUGAUUUGUCAGACAUUCUAUGUGGCUUUGUUACACUGCGAAUUUCUUUAUGCGAUAGCUGCAUUGAACCUGGCAUAUCCGGUCACUCCCUGGAGAUUUAAAUUAUCCUGCCUGCCAUCAAAUAAAACUGAUGACUACUCCUUCUUGCCCACCGGAAUCUCAAACACUUCAAAUUCGAGUGGAGAGAAUGAGGCAGUUGUUGAAGCCAGAUUUAAUUCAAGUGGUGCCGACAGUGCUAAUUUAUCGGAAGCAGCUUUCCACUGUUGCUUUUGGAGUGAGCAAGAUAAAAACUGCCCUGCGCAUGGAGACGGCACUGAAGGGGAGGGCUUUGUUCCCACAGUGGGUUCUUCCGUUUUCCAACGACCGGGUGUGAACUGGAACAUACAGUGCUGGGUGAAAGUGGACUUGAAAUUACUCAUCUGCUCUGGGCAGCCCUUACUUCAGAGUCCUUUCACGAAUUCUGACCUUCGGGUGCAUCUUUUCUAUGUCCUUUCUGAAGUGGUAGAAGAUUCGCACCUGGCCCCCCAGGAGGGCAGCUUUGAGAUCGUCCAGUGCAACUGCAGUUUCGAGGGACGCUGGGAGUGCCGGGUGCCGACCCCAGCAGCCCAGCUCAGCAGCACCCUGCUGAUGUACUUGAAAAUCACAGCCGCAGGGGUCACUUUUCAGUCCCCUCCCAUGUCGGUUCAGCCCGUAAACGUUGUGAAGCCUGAUCCACCAUUGGAUUUGCAUAUGGAAAUCACAGAGGAUGGUAAUUUAAAUAUUUCUUGGCACAGCCCAGCACUGGUACCAUUUCCACUUCAGUAUCAGGUGAAAUAUUCAGAGAAUUCUACAGCAGCUCUGAGAGAAGUGGAUGAGAUGGUCUCGGCUACGGCUCUCCUGGUGGAUAAUGUGCUUCCUGGCUCCUCCUAUGAGGCUCAGGUGAGGGUCAAGAGACUGGAUGGCCCGGGGGUCUGGAGCGACUGGAGCGCCCCUCGAGUCUUUACCACACAAGAUGUCAUAUACUUCCCACCUAAAGUCCUGACAAGCGCGGGGUCCAAUGUUUCCUUUCACUGCAUCUAUAAAAACGGAAACACGAUUGUUUCCUCCAAAGAGAUUGUGUGGUGGGUGAAUUUAGCAGAGGAAAUCCCUCCGAGCCAGUACGAUGUCGUGAGUGACCACGUUAGCAAAGUGACUUUUCUCAACCUGAAAGCCACCAAACCUCGAGACGAGUUCACCUAUGACGCUGUGUACUGUUGCCAAGAACACCAGUGCCACCAUCGCUAUGCCGAGCUGUAUGUGGUUGAUGUCAAUAUCAAUAUAUCGUGUGAAACGGACGGGCACUUAACUAAAAUGACUUGCAGAUGGUCCGCGAACCCAAUGCAGUCGCUUGUGGGGAGCUCUUGGCAGCUGAGGUAUCACAGGAGCACCCUGUAUUGUUCUGAUAGCCCAUCUAUUUAUCCCGUAUCAGCACCGAAAGAUUGCCAUUUGCAGCGGGAUGGCUUUUACGAGUGCAUUUUCCAGCCAAUAUUUCUAUUAUCUGGCUACACAAUGUGGAUUCGGAUCAAUCACCCUUUGGGUUCCCUGGACUCUCCACCAACAUGCGUCCUCCCUGACUCUGUAGUGAAACCACUGCCUCCAUCCAGUGUGAAAGCAGAAAUUACUGCAAAUAUUGGAUUAUUGAAAAUAUCUUGGGAAAAGCCGGUCUUUCCAGAAAACAAGCUCCAGUUCCAGAUUCGCUAUGGCUUAAGCGGAAAGGAAAUCCAGUGGAAGAAGCAUGAGGUAGAUGAUGCGAAGUCCAAGUCUGCCAGCGUCCCCGUGCAGGACCUGUGUGCAGUGUACGCUGUGCAGAUGCGCUGCAGGAGGCUGGAUGGAAUGGGGUAUUGGAGUAACUGGAGCAGCCCUGCCUACACAGCAGUCACAGAUGUCAAAGUUCCUGUGAGAGGACCUGAAUUUUGGAGACGAAUUAAUGGUGAUGUUACUAAGAGGGAGAGAAAUAUCACCUUGCUCUGGAGGCCUCUGAUGAAAAAUGACUCUCUGUGCAGUGUGAGGAGAUACGUGGUGAAGCACUGGACUUCCCACAACGGAACAUGGUCAGAAGAUGCGGGCAAUCAGACCCAGCUCACUUUCCUGUGGAUGGAGCAGGCGCACACUGUUACGGUUCUGGCCAUCAAUUCCAUCGGGGCUUCCCUCGAGAAUUUUAACCUAACAUUCUCAUGGCCCAUGAGCGAAGUAAAUAUUGUGCAGUCACUUGGCGCUUACCCUUUGAACAGCAGUUGUGUGAUUCUUUCCUGGAUUCUGUCGGCCAGUGAUUAUAGUCUGAUGUACUUUAUUAUUGAAUGGAAGAAUCUUGAUGAAGAUGAUGAAAUUAAGUGGCUUAGAAUCCCUUCAAAUGUUAAGAAGUAUUAUAUCCACGAUUAUUUUAUCCCCAUUGAAAAGUAUCAGUUCAGCCUGUACCCAGUAUUUUCGGAAGGAGUGGGGAAACCGAAGGUAAUUAAUGGCUUCACCAAAGUUGACGAAAAGCACCAGAACGAUGCAGGUCUAUAUGUAAUUGUGCCGAUCAUUAUUUCCUCUUCCGUCUUGUUGCUGGGAACGCUGUUAAUAUCACACCAAAGAAUGAAAAAGCUGUUUUGGGAAGAUGUUCCAAACCCCAAGAAUUGUUCCUGGGCUCAAGGACUGAACUUUCAGAAGAGAGCGGACAUUCUUUGACGCCUUAUCAUGAUCACUGCUGAUGAACUCAAUGUACCAACUUCCCAACAGCUCAUAGAAUAUUAGAAGAUUUUUACAUUUUGAAGAAGGGGAACAAAUCUAAAACACAAACUGGUUGAGCUAUUGAGAACUAACAUAUGGUGGUUUAUCUUUGUUUAAAAUUUAAAAUAGAUAUAUAAAUUUGGGUCGUCACAUAGAUUGGAAUCCACGUCAGUUUGGAUGUGUGAUUUUCAGGUCAUCUAAAGUUUAAAAUUAAUAUUCAUGAUUUCUGGCUUGUUAUGUAUCAUUUUCAUAGUCAUAAGACAAAAGAUAUUAUGAGUGUAUAUAUUAGAACAUAUCGGUCAGAUACCAUCAUAUGUCUAGUAAAUGAUGCUGUAACAGUGUGCACUAGAGCCGCACCUUCUCACAGACAGCUCUGCAAACACAAGGGCUGAAAUUGCGAGGUGCAUUGGACGUGUUGGUUUAUAUUUUUAUGCCUCAAAAUUUUCAUUUCAGAUUCCUUUUUAAACUCUUGAGCCUAUGAUUGACCUGUUUGGGGGUUCUUUUGAAUGUUUUGUAGCUCUUGUACAUCCAACUUGGGGCAAUCUGGGAAUUCCAGUUUUCAACAGCCUUGGUGAUGCCUUAUGUACUAACUUUCAUUGCAGCCCAAAGACAGCCAGAAGUUGUGGUUUGUACUGGUUACAGACCAGUGAAAAUUACAGUUCGUAUCAGGAUAACCCCCACACUCAGGUUGGCAUGCCCAGAUCAGCAAAGAACAUAAACUUCCGGUCCAGCUUGCUUGCGCAAUUCUUGCCCAAAUCUAAUUUAUUUCCAUGGAAUUGUCCAAAACUUCUGGCAGGCAGGGAAACGUGCCAUGCUACAAAGAAAAGAGACUCUUUAGAGCUUUUACAAAUAGUUCAUGGUGAGGACAGGAAUUUUGUUUUAUCUGGAAACAGGCCACUUGCCUGUGCUAUAAGUUUAGCAUCCUAAGCAUGCUCAGUUGCUCACAAACUAAACCAGAGAGUUUAGGAAUGAACCGGGUGAUAUCCAAGCUUGUGCUAUCUGUGGAUCACUUAUAUUUAGAUGUUACUCAUAGUCUUACUGGGAUGUCUUAAAAAAUGUAAGAGAGCGGAAGAAUGUGUCUUUUCUCCCCUUCAUUAAUUGUUAACAGGUGUCCUUGAAGUGCAAAAUCUUGGUGGAAAAUUCUGAACAGAUAUUCUUUAAUUCCUACCAGCUGAGUACACAUUUAAUAUGUGCCUAGACUGUUCUAAAAAUCUCAAAAUAUUAGAUAUUUGCCAAAUAAUUUUAACCAAACAUACUUUUAGUAAAGCUUUAUGACCCAUAUGUUUCAAUAAUGUAUGGCUAUGUGAUUUCUUAGUAUUAAUGAAAUCUUCCAUCUGGAUGCAUUUUAAGAUGUACAAUGUUUGUCUUCAACAGUUAGUGACCUGUCAUGAAGUUUCAGGAAACAGUAACUAUCCCAAACAGGAAUGCAUUUGAGGAAAACAUUGAACGUGACCGCAUGCUAUAGGUUAUUUCUUAUUUCCAUAUUGAUAGCAUCUAGUUCCUUCAUUUAGUGAUUUUAAUUUCCAAGUUCAUUUAAAUCUAAAAACAAUUCAAUAUAUCCAUGCACAUACACAGACACACAUGAAACCUUUAGAAAAAUACAGAAUGACCCAGCAAAUAUUUGAUGGAAAUCACAAAUCUACAGAUUCUCGUCAGAAGGAAAAUAAACAUAGGAUGUCUUCUCUUCCUAUAUCAUGUUGGUAGAAUGACAGAAAAAGUUAUAUUAACACAGUAUUUUUCAUUAUGCAGUAUUUUAAUAUCUAUGUGAGUUUAUUCAAAUAUUAUUAUAUUUAGUGUUUCAUACAUUUAUUCAUUCAUGGAUUUAACGCUAAUAUAUUUCACUUAAGAGCUUGAUCAUGUGCUAAAAAUUUGCAUUUUUAUGUGGAAUAUCCUUGCCAUGGUGAAGAACAAUUGAGCAUGUCAUUAUCUCAGGCAGUACCUGUGCAGUCAUUCUAUUCAUUUAAAAAUGUUCAAACUAAAGUUCAAUUACCUGUAUGAUAUAUAACACAUUUUCUAUAGCUCUUAAUUUGGUUGUGCUAGUUUUUCAAUGUGAUGUAUCCAUGGUGUUUUUUAUUUUGCAUUUAUCUUUUCAGUAUGUUCACAAUGUAUAAAUUGAGCAUUUGCAUACAGAUUCUUGAUUUGUACCUGCUUUGUAAGAUUUCUGUUGUGAUGUAACCAUCAUUCCUAUAAAAACUAUGAUGCGCA